AACACAGAAGGGAAGUCUGAGGUGGAGCGUUGCUGGCUGCCCGGGCUCACAGCUAUUCAGGGACAGGUUGGACUGGUUUCUCCCUUCACAAUACCUGUGUUUCCCCCACUCUCGCUCAGUUAAACCGGCAAGAAGGAGUCAACCUGAAAAAAGGGGGAAGAGUAAAAGGCUUCUCUGUACGUUUCAACAGUUGGCCCAGAAAGGAAUUUCAACAUGCCCGAGGAGGGAGAAUAUUAUGGAAAGCAUGGCGAGCCAAGGAAGUAUGACCCGACCUUCAAGGGCCCGAUCCAAAACAGGGGCUGCACAGACAUCGUGUGCUGCAUCCUAUUCAUUAUUGCCAUACUGGGUUAUAUUGCAGUGGGAAUUCUCGCCUGGUCACAGGGUGACCCCAGGAAAGUGAUCUAUCCCACCGACAGCCGAGGCCAGUUCUGUGGGCAAGCUGGCACCCCUCUCGAGAACAAGCGGCUGUUGUUCUACUUCAACAUCAUGAAGUGUGCCAGCCCCAUGGUCCUCCUGGAGUUCCAGUGCCCGACCACACAGAUGUGUGUCGACAAAUGCCCCGAAAAGUUCAUGACACUACUCAAAGCCUACAGCAACAAAAAUGACUUUGACUACUACAAGCAAUUCUGCAAGGAGGGUGUGACUAAUACAAUGGGUGUAACAGAAAUCCUCAGAUUAGGUCUCUGUCCUGCCAUGCUGACCCCCAGCAAGCCCUUCACUCGUAGGUGUUUCCCAGCUUUGGGCCAGAAAGGAGGGGUGAUAACUGUUGGAAACAACUCUCAUUUUGAUGAUGGAAGCGGAAACAUGAGAGAUGCUAAGGAUCUUGUGGAUGGAGUCAAGAAUGCCACCGUGGUUAUUGAGGCUCGUCAGGUGGUCAUGAAAAUCUUCGAGGAUUACACACAGUCCUGGUACUGGAUCCUGAUUGGGUUGGUUAUUGCUAUGGUCACCAGCCUGCUCUUCAUCAUUCUCCUGCGCUUCCUGGCGGGAAUUAUGGUCUGGGUCAUGAUUGUCUUGGUGAUACUGGUCAUAGGAUAUGGUAUCUUCCACUGCUACAUGGAGUACGCUGCCCUGAAAGGAGAAGCAGGAGCUGAUGUGACUUUGCAGGAACUGGGCUUCCAGACAGACUUCUCCGUCUACCUGCAGAUCAGACAGACCUGGCUGGCCUUCAUGAUUAUCCUGGCCAUUGUGGAGGUCAUCAUCAUCCUGCUGCUCAUCUUCCUCAGGAAGAGGAUUCUCAUUGCUGUUGCUCUCAUCAAAGAAGCAAGCAGAGCCAUUGGACAUGUGAUGUCUUCCCUUUUCUACCCACUGUUCACUUUCCUCCUGCUGGCCAUGGUCAUCGCCUACUGGGCAGUUACUGCUGUCUUCUUGUCUACCUCAAAUGAACCCAUCUACAAAGUUUUCAAUGAGACGGAAUGCGAACACUCGAGAGCAACGUGUGACCCAGCGAACUACACGACCAGUCCCAUGAAAGCGAAGUGCCCUGACUCUGAGUGCCUUUUUGCCUUCUACGGUGGAGAGACUAUUUACCACAAAUACCUGAUCGGCCUGCAGUUCUACAACGUCUUCCUCUUCUUCUGGUGUGCCAACUUCGUCACGGCUCUGGGACAGAUGACCCUGGCUGGGGCCUUCGCCUCGUACUACUGGGCCUUCGUCAAGCCGGAUGACAUGCCUGCCUUCCCGGUGUUUUCUGCCCUAGGGAGAUCUCUCAGGUAUCAUACAGGAACUUUAGCUUUCGGCUCCCUUAUCCUCUCAAUCAUUCAGAUCAUCAGGGUUUUGCUGGAGUAUCUGGACCACAAGCUGAAAGGAGCCAAAAAUAAGUGUACCAAGUUCCUGUUGUGCUGUCUGAAGUGCUGCUUCUGGUGUCUGGAGAAAUUCAUCAAGUUCCUCAACAGAAACGCCUACAUUAUGGUGGCAAUUUAUGGCAAAAACUUUUGCACCUCUGCCAGAGAUGCCUUCCUCCUCCUCAUGAGGAACAUGAUCAGGGUGGCGGUCUUGGACAAAGUGACAGACUUCCUCUUGUUUUUGGGCAAACUGCUCAUAGUUGGGCUCGUGGGGAUCUUCGCCUUCUUUUUCUUCUCUGGGAGAGUGAAGGCCUUUGAGAACACAGCUCCCAAUCUCCACUACUACUGGGUACCCAUCCUGACUGUGGUGAUUGGCUCCUACCUCAUUGCCCAUGGAUUCUUCAGCGUGUACGCCAUGUGUGUGGACACUCUUUUCCUCUGUUUCUGUGAAGACCUGGAGCGCAAUGACGGUUCAGCCGCAAGGCCUUAUUACAUGUCGUCAACUCUUCAUGAGAUUCUGUGGAAGAACAAGGCUGAGGAUCCGUCUCUGUCUUCUGCUCAGCAACAGGAUGAUGAAGACGUCCAGUUGAAACAACAGCAGGCACAGGAGGAGGACGCAACUUAGAGGCGUUUUGUGGGCAAACACACUGUUUUGAACGCUGAAAUACGGGCAUGACAAAAUCCAUGAACACUUUUUGACUGUUAUAGUUAAAAAAUAGUCUUAAAUUAUGAUUGUAAGGAGCUGGUACUUUGUUGUUGCUCAUUGGAAAUUCAUCUUUGCACCUAACCCACUCAUCUCACAGAGGCAGAUUGUAGGACGGCUACCGAUCACCGUGCCUCAAUUUCCUUGACUCACAGCUGAGUGGUGCCUGUUUCCUUUCAGCUCAUCUGUCCUUCAACACAAGGAGACAUGGGAACAUUAUGUUAAACAGCUGUUUUGUUGAUUGACCAUUUGCUAAACCCCUCCCCCAAACAGUGGCUGUCCAAUCAUAGCUUAGCAACUAUAACUAGGCACAGCAGGGUUUUCAAGCUUUGGAUUUCUCCACAUGCAGAGGUGGUGUGCAUGUGGAGAUUUUAUCAGUCGUUAGCAUGUUUGGCUAACUAGCUUACUACCUACCACACUAACCCAUUGUUAGUUCCAUCGAGCAUGAGCUUUUCGUACCACAUCACAUCUUGUGGGGUUACAGGUUACGAUAGAAAAAAGCCUGUAGUAUUACACAACGGUGUGGAAGCUGUUCUGGGAUGCUGUGUCAGAGUGUAAACUAACGUAGUGACUUGGUCCUGCUCUUUGUAGGAGUUAGGGAAGUUUACACACCGGCCCGGACUCAUUAUUCAAGGCAGCAUCAUGUCCGCCAAACAGAGUGGCUAGUCCUCUUCCCAAAAGCCUUUCAUUAAAAGUAAAACAAACUGUUUGAACUUACGAGCUUGUAUUAUUGUUAGCGAUACAGCAUAAAUCUAACUUCUGGAUUGUAUAAGUAUGUAAGAUAAGCAGCCACACACAAACACACACAUUUAUAAUACAAGGCCAACCCUGUUCCUUUAUUUCCAUGUCCUCUUUAUCAUCGGGUGAGGUCAGAUUUUUUUUAGCCACAGUCUUUCAACAUGACAUCAUGUAGGUAAUCAUAAAAUAUUAAUUAAGGGUCCUUUUACAGGAUCUGUGUAUUUACAACAAAUCAGUUGGAAACAUUAAAAUGUCAGCAGCAUUUUUAACCGACUCAUCGUGUUAACGCUAGCUUAGUUAGCUGGCUACCUACAGUUUAUAGUGUUCAGUGACAGGUGCCACUUCAGGAGGAAUAAUUGUCAGUCACAGCUGGAAAUGAGAAGGCUGCGUAUGUCUGUGUCUGUCUGUAAUCUCGGGCCUUUUGUUUCAAAGUGCACAUGUGCUGUGCGAGAACUUGACAGGCAAAGAAACAGUAACAAAGUGGGUUAGCGAAUGGUCAAUAGAACAUCAGGCAUGUCUCUAAUGAUGAGCACAUUAACAUGUGCACAGUUGUUGCAUGAUUACAAUGAUGAAAUGAUGGUCUGUAGUUGGAGGUGAGAUGAUUUAAGUAGUUUAGAAAGUCUCAUCUUACAGACAGCUCUUUCUUCACUUUUAAUGACAAUGCUUGAGAUGUCUGUAGCUGGUUUUCAGUACUUUUGGAUGUGUUGCAACACCUGCUCAUCUAUAUGUCUGGAAAUUGCAUUAAUGGGUUCCUCUGAGGUAAAAGACAUUUCUAAACUCUGUUCUAGCAUUUUAAUAUCCUCCCACUGCCACAGGCCAGUAGAAACUUGAAGCCAUUCUUGUGCCUAAUUUACAGUGUUAAUGUUGGUUUGUUUGCACCUUUGACCUAAAAUGUUCAGGUUACCUAAUUGUUUACAGUUCAUGCAAUCACAAUCAUCAGUGCUGCUUGUUAAGCAGGCUGCACUGUUAAUGCACUUUAAUUUCUGUUUGCACUAAGCCAGAACAGGUUUACAUCUGUAUGAGUGAAUACUGGUGAGCUCCUUGAGGCUAGCUGCUUUGUACCCUUCUGUUUUUACCACCAUGUAGUUUUGCGUCCUCUUUCUAAAGGAAUGUGUGCCUGGCAGUAUAGUUGGUUUGAUAAACAGUAUUUGAGGUAAUGACUCUUCACUGCAUAAAACAGGAAUUUAAACUCUUGAAAUGAAUCCAUGUCGUUGGUGAUUGUCUGAACGGUUGAUUAAAGCUACAUACCUUUUGUUAAAUGCGUUGAAAGUUAACUGUGUCCUCCAGAUUUACUACUAAUUCGUAUUAUUUAUGAAGCUUGUCCCUAUUUUAGAAAGCUUGUCCAUAAAUGUCCUUCAUUUAAUGUGAUUAUAUUGGAUCUCU